AAGAAUGCAAAGUAAGUAGGUAUACGCUAAUUGGCUGCUAAGAGGGCGUGCUUCUGUGACGUCUGUGAGAGAAACAAAGAUGGCAGCGGUGACCAGAGGCUCGAUGCUGGCUCUGAGGAGACUGCUGACCCAUCAAUAUCGAGGGAGAUGCUUUCGCCUUCAAGGCUUCAGGUCAGAGCGUCACCUGCUGCCACUCACGCUCACCACCAACGGCAGACAUCUGCAAUGGCUGAAUCACAGGACGCUGCACACCAGUACGAUUUUUUUCUGUCCUUCAGUGAUUGGAGGACCGAUUGUCCAGUUCAAACUGUCCGACAUCGGAGAAGGAAUCAUGGAGGUGACAGUGAAGGAGUGGUACGUGAAGGAGGGGGACAGAGUGUCUCAGUUUGACAGUAUCUGUGAGGUCCAGAGCGACAAAGCCUCCGUCACCAUCACCAGCCGGUACGACGGUGUCAUCAGGAAACUCUACUACGAUGUUGACGCCACGGCCCUCGUUGGGAAGGCUCUGGUAGACAUCGAGACCGAGUCCAGUUCUGAGAUCAUUCAGGAAGAGGACGUGGUGGAGACGCCCGCCAUGGCUCGAGAAGAACACACCCAUCAGGAGAUCAAGGGCCACAAGACCCAGGCCACACCUGCUGUCCGAAGGCUGGCCAUGGAGAACAAUAUAAAGCUCAGUGAAGUUGUGGGAACAGGCAGAGAUGGACGCAUUCUGAAGGAGGACAUCCUCAACUUCCUGGCCAGACAGACGGGCGCCAUUUUACCUCCAACCCCAGUCCAGGAGAUUCAAAUUCCAGGUCCAGCUCAAGUGUCCGCUGGCGCCCAUGCCACCAGGCCUGUCAGCACACCCGCACUGGCCAAAGCCCCGCCCACAACCCCUAGGCCUGUCUUCUCCGGAAAGGACAUCACUGAGCCCCUCAAAGGGUUCCACAAGGCCAUGGUGAAGACCAUGACGGCUGCUCUGAAGAUUCCUCACUUUGGUUACUGUGAUGAAGUGGACCUGACCCGGCUGGUGGCCCUGAGGGCAGAGCUCAAACCUGUGGCUGAAGCUCGAGGAGUCCGACUGAGCUUCAUGCCCUUCUUCAUUAAGGCUGCCUCCCUCGGUCUGCUUCACUUCCCCAUCCUGAAUGCGUCGGUGGAUGAAGGCGUCCAGAACAUCACCUACAAGGCGUCUCAUAACAUCGGUCUGGCCAUGGACACCAGUCUGGGUCUGCUGGUUCCUAAUGUGAAGAACGUGCAGCUGCUCAGUGUCUUUGAGAUCGCCCAGGAGUUGAACCGUCUGCAGGUUCUGGGGUCACAGGGUCAGCUUGGAACCAAUGAGCUGACCGGUGGAACCUUCACUCUGUCCAACAUUGGCUCAAUUGGUGGCACGUAUGCCAAACCUGUCAUCCUUCCUCCAGAGGUUGCUAUUGGAGCUCUUGGAAAAACCCUGGUUCUUCCCCGGUUUGCUGCUGAUGGUCAGGUGGUCCCAGCACACAUCAUGAAGGUCAGCUGGUCUGCAGACCAUCGCAUCAUUGACGGUGCUACCAUGUGUCGCUUCUCUAACAUGUGGAAAGAGUACCUGGAGAACCCAGCCCACAUGGUUCUGGACCUGAAAUAAACCUUUCCCAUCAGCCCAGGGGACGAUACCACACUACGACCUAAACCUCUUCCUGCCGACUCUUGACUCGGCGUUCUCUCAUCACGAGGCCUUUUCCACUAGCUGUUACCGGGGGUGGGGCUUAGGUCUAUCAUGUUUUAUAAUGACCAACCACACGCACCGGAUUAGUCUUUACAUAAAAUGUUUAAUCUGACAUCGAAGGGUGGUUAUCAAAACCAGGACCAGACUGGUACUAGUUCUUUAUUGGUCUGUCCACAUUUACACUACAGUUAGCUUCACUUUAGCAUGGUUUGGAUUCAGGACGGUUUACUAACAUUUUUUCCAGGUGCCGCUGCUCCAGGUUAAUAUUGUCUCAUGUUUGUCAUUCUACAGUCAACAUGGGGCGGUGAGUUCCCGAAAGACUUCUGGUUCAUUCAGAAACUUUAACUCAGCUUUGAAGAAUGUAGCUUCUGUGGUCACUCCACAUAUGAUGAAUCAUCUAGCUGUUAGUAUUGCAAACAGUUACUGUUACACUACUGCCAUUUCUGUCAAGAACAUGUACAACUGUUAGCUUCUACUAGUACAGUUAAGAGUUGCUUUUUCAGAAGGCCUGUUAGCAUAGGCUAAAGUUACUGUUGGCACCUUCUGAGAGGAGUCCAGUUAGAAGUGUAGCUACUGUCGGCGUCAGUGUAACAUUAUAAUUAGGUCUUGGUUCACGUAGAGAAGUCAUUUAUGGCUAAAAGCGUAGCUUAAGACUAUUUCUGUUAGCCACUACACAUAAUAGAAUCCAUUAGCAACAGUUCUAACAGGAGCUCACUGUUGUUGGUGUUAAAUAUUAGGCUACUGUGAAAACGCUAACAGACUUAGAAGUUGACUUUAGUUCAGCUGCCUAAAUCCAAAACCAAAACUGCUGAUGUCAGUGUUUAUUGUCACAGCUGAAUAGUCUGCCCCUGGUGGUGAUGUCAGGAACUCAUGGAUUGUCUGCCUUUACCUUUAGACCUUCUGGAAAGUUCCAGAAAAGUGUUUUUUAACCUCAUGUUUUUUUUUUUAUUUUUGUUUUUUUUUUUUUUUUGGUGCUUUUUUUUUUCUUGGUGUAUGCCCUUGGUUGAUCCCCUGGUGGACAUGAGCGUCUCUCUCUCUCUCUCUGUCUCUGAACAAUGGACGUCUCCUGUCCUGGACCUCCUCAGUCGUGUCGUCUGUUACAUUUGUGGGUUUUGUUUUGUUUUGUUUGUUUGGGUUUUAACCGAUGGAACUAUUGGAUUAACAAAUAUUGUCAAUAAAAGAAAAUUAUGUAGAAAA